CCCCUAACUUGCUCUAAUGUCUCUACUUUCUCUUCAUCUCCCGGCCAUGACUUAUUGAAUGAGUGAUCAUCUCGUUACUACAAUCUCCAUUCCUCCGUUAAUUUACGCCAAUGUGACGACCUUUUUCCAGUUUUUCCUCGUGACAGCACAUGACCUUUUAAUUCGAAUAGGGGUCUUUUAUCCGAGCUGAAAAUACUCGUAAUCCGCUGUAAAUUAUCCUUAUAUCGACCGGCCUUUCGAAGUUGUGUCCGGAUCGACACGACAUCUACGUCUGCUGUCGUGUGACCAAGGAAAACAGCAAGUCCGAAUAGAAAUAUUGUUCCCAAAAUGACACGUCUAAAGAUGCCGCCAACACCGGCGUCUUCGACCGAAAUAAAGGGCCAGGAUCACUCCCAUCAGCUAUCUACUCUACAGGUUUCCUUUGAACUACCUCCGUCGGCCAUGGGACAGAAUGCCAAGUCGCAAUUAUCGACUUCCGGAUCCAAGGAGUCGCUUGUAUCGCCAUCCUCCAAGACCACUAGUUAUCCAGUCCAGCCAAGCGAGACAGUUAAAUCGAGGAGGCGCUCGUCCACCGCGCAAAAAGAGACAUUCGCCUUACCCCCUCCACCCACGAGAUCUCGAAGAAUUAUUCAAAUGAAACCAAGACCACAGGAGGAGCCAGCAGAGCAGACGACUCCGGAUAAAACGACAUCUACGACCGGUACCGGUAAGAACGCUAGCGCUACUGGGUCUAAAAAGAAGCAGCCAUCAGCGACUAGCGCGGCGGGAAGGAAGAUCGCGAGGAAGACGGCUCACAGUUUGAUUGAACGACGUCGGAGGUCUAAGAUGAAUGAAGAGUUCGCGGUGCUUAAGGGUUUGAUACCCGCAUGCACCGGUGAGAUGCACAAGUUAGCGAUUCUCCAGGCUUCGAUUGAAUAUGUGCGAUACCUCGAAGAUUGCAUCAAUAAGUUGAAGUCGCAACAUGAUGACCAGUCUACGCCAGCCCCACCCCAAUUCAGACUUCCGUCUAAUACUCAUGAUUAUGAGAUGGAUGAUAAAGAGGAGGAUGAAGAGGAAGGCCAAGAAGAUGUUGAAAUGACCGGUUCGGAAGCGCCUUCUCCUGUCUAUGCGCAGACGCCGUCUCGUUCAAAUCAAUCGUCUAUAUCACCAGCACUGGUGGCGCAAGACGCGAGAGGGAGACAACAGUCCUACUCGUCGGUCUCGACGGAGUACCGCCAUUAUAGUUAUAGCGGGCCGUCCAACACGUCACCUGCUUUUGGGCCUCAGGGGUACUCGCAACGUGUUGGCACAACAUCCGCAUCGCACUCUACACUCACAAGUCCAGCUCUAAGACCGCAACAAGAAAUAGACCAAGAAGCAUCCGCCGCACUCCUAAUGCUCACUGUAGACCGUCGGGGUAUGACUAAUAACGGUUCGGGGAGAGGUAUGAGCGUUAGGGAUUUACUCAGCUCAUGAUGGAUCUCGGUAUAUUAUCUAUGUCACUAUUUAUAAUGCGCUCCAAGUAUUCCGCGCUGAUGCAUGAAUUCGGGUUAUGGGUUAUUGGUGCGGUUUCCUUUUAUGAGCAAAUAAACAGGAUUGGUGUGGUUGUAUUUGCAUUUGCAUCAGCGGAGACUUGGGGGGCUUAUCUGCGUAUUAUUUCUAUGUGUACACGCUGGGUCCCUUUUCUUAUUUUCGGGUUCAUAUGGAUGGGUGAAGGAUGGGUGUGAAUGAGUAUUGCACGUUGGGUGAAACUGGAGGGGAUGGAUUAUAGAUCUCCUUGAAUGGCAUGAUACUCGACGAGAGAAAGGGACGGGGGCAAGGGAUGGAAUAGUGUCGUAUGACUAGCGGCGGGCCUUUCUUUAGGAUGGAACUCGUGUAAAAGGGGUAACAGUCGAUUAUUAAAAGUGAGACUUGAUACCCAGCUUUAUUGAAUAUUGAAAGUUGAUUUAGAUACGGCCGUGGUCUUCUAUGCUACUGUGAGUCGACGUUUAUUGGACUAUAUCCCUCGACCUACCCCCCACCUUUGUCUAGAAACACAUUGACUGGCUGUAUCUAACUACGGGGCGGUGCCAAACGGUUAUUCUUUUUUCUUUUUUUUUCUCUUCUUUUUUUCUUCUCUUCUUUU